AUGGACGAAGAACACGACGAUGCAGCUGUGGCGCUCACGUUCUUGAAGCAGCACAUCAAUGACCUGAGCCCGACCGUCUGUGCAAUUCACCUGUCUGCAGAAGGCGCUAUCAGCGAAGAGUUGACCGAGUUCAAGGGCACAGUCCCAGCCGGCACCUGGUAUCCACGACUCCAAGAUCUGCAGAUAAUGCCAAAGGUCAAGGCCACAUCUCGGUCUGACCUACACGAAUGCCAGAGACUGACGCCUAAUGUGGACCUCGUCUCUUAUGGAGCAUCCGAGGCAGAGUGUGCUACAAAACUCGUCGUCUUCAAGUACUAUUUCCUCAACCAAUUCCUCUACAAGACAUGGCAUGAGAUGAAUCUGUUGGCUCGUCUGCCAGCUCAUCCCAACCUCGUCUCUUUUGAUAGCUUGGUGUACGACGAGCCAAGUGAUCUACUUGUUGGCUUCACUACUGUCUACCUACCAGGCGGAACCAUCAACAAGGAUACCUCACGGGAUUUCAAGCUAGCAUGGCUGAAGCAGCUGACUCAUGUCAUCGAUGACCUCAACUUCAGAUUCGGGAUCAUGCACCAGGAUGCAGCCCCUCGCAAUCUUCUCUCUGGUCGCAUCGGUCACACCUGGUUCUGUGCCGAGCGCGAUGAUGUUAAGGGCGUCAUCUUUACGCUGUACGAGAUCAUUACUCGAGACGAGCAACACCGCAUGGUCCCUCACACUGAGCAGGAUCCGCAUGCAGUCAAGGAGCUGGAAGAGUGGGUGCAGCAUCCGGAGGUGAGACUCGAUCAAGAUGUUGCGGAAUACCAAGCUGUACUCAAUGGAUGGGUGAAGCAACGACGCGAAGGAAAGCAGACCUCCAUGUACACCGACGGUUUAGAGCCCAUCGACUGGCCUGAGCCUAACAUUGUUUGGGAAGACUGCAUUUCGCUGCCAUGGGUUCGUCCAGCUCCGUCAUCUUCGGCGCAAGAAAUUGAGCCUCGUUCUCGGGUCUUGAGGACCAGCCAGGGAUCCACAUCCAGUGAUUCGAGCUCAUAG